AUGUCUCAGGACUUCUCUCCUGAGGAGGAGGUUAUUAAGAUAUGGGUUAAUAUCUUGAAUCUCCCUUUGCAUUGGAUAUCUGAAGAUACAGGCCUUAAGAUAGGAGAGAAAAUUGGGAAGACUCUUACCAUUCAAAUUCCUAAUGAAGGGGGGCAGGUGGGGCAGGUGAUAAAAGUUCUGGUUGAACUUCAAGUGAGUGAACCUAUCCCUAGAGGGUCUUUCAUUAGAGUGGGGUCUGAAUCCACUUGGGUGGACUUCAAGUAUGAAGCGUUACAGACUUUUUGCUGUUACUGUGGGCUGAUUGGCCACUCUGAUAGAGUUUGUGUCCCUAAAGCAGAGGAUGUUAAGAGAGGGGGUCUUUGUGUUUGUCAAUUUGGUGAGUGGCUCAGAGCCAGUUCCAUAUCCUAUAGUCCUGCCAAAAGUCAGAACUCUCAGGGAGUUGGUAGUCAUUCCCAUGAGAAAGUCAACUCUGAUAACCUUGAACAGGUUGGGGGGAGGAGUGAGGGUGGUAAUGAGAGUGGUAAGAGUGUGGCACCCAGCCAAGGAGUCAAUAUAAUAGGGGAGAGUCAAAAUCUGCAAAUUGUGGAUUAUAUAGAUCCAAAGCCUGGACCCGUUGAGGGGAGCACUAGCAUUGUUUUGGCUGAUGCUGGUCUUGAGCAUAUUCAGGACAAUCUACCCCCCAUUCCAGAGGGAAAUUUGGUGGAUGUAGAAGUCCAGACUCCAGCUGUUGGAGUGGAAAUUCCUCUCAGGAAAAAGACCAUCAAACUCAGGAAAGCUAGACUUAAAGCUGGUGACUCUUCUGAGAGGAUGAGUAUAGACUUAGUGGGAGGGUCUAGAAGUCAAGGGAAUAGAGUGAGGUCUCUCAAAAGAGGAUCUGAUAUGGUGGAGGUGGAGGUGGGUGUUAUGGAGGGUUUUCUGAUGAGUUAA